CUGAAAACGCGUGUUACCGUUUAUGUAAGCAGACCUGCAUCAAAUUACACACGACACGAUUUACGAUUUAGUUGGGCAAAGCAGUUAGGUCGAAAUGUUAACGUAAAAACAACUAUUUUAAUUUUAAUUUUACCUAACAUUAGGAGGCCACCACUACUUGACAGACGGGUUUAUCGUCGUUCAAGUCUCCCUUGAAAUGGCUGCGUUUUCGCCCAUCUCUUCGUACAUUCUUGGCACGACAUGCUUUGCCCGUGGGCUUAUGGCCAUAUUCUCGCCGGAGGCGGAGUACAAAAGUGUCGGCUUGCCAUUUGACAUUCACGACGAGGGCCCUUCCCCGACGGACCAGUACGAUGAUUCUGGCAUCAGCUUCACGUCGCCGCUCAUGUAUUUCAAGGGUAUUCGCGAGAUGAGCUAUGGCCUGACCCUGGUAGCUUUGGAGUGGCAGGGAAAUGCAGCUGCGGUCACUACGUUCGCAGCCGUUCUAUCUCUGGUGAGAUUUGGGGAUGGAUUGGUCGUCUGGCUAAAUGGGGGCGAGAAGCUGAAAUUUAAGGCUUUGGGCCAUUGGAUCACAGGCGUCAGCUUCCUCGGAUGGGUAAUUCGGAGGUGGAGGUAAUGAGCAUUCAAGUUAUUCCGCACAAUCGCUCCCAAGGAUUACAUGGUACAUUGAAUUAGUGGUCGGUUGUUCUCUAUCGUGGAUCAUCUUCCCCGCAGUUAUCCCUGGAGCAUAUCAUAGCCAUCUCAUCCACUUGCUGCGCCAUCGGUUAUCAUAUCAAAAAUGUCAAAGAAUUAAUCCAUCUAAAUCUCCCACGGCAACGUUUGAGAUAGAUUUGACAGGGGUAAUAAGAACCAACAUACACGCCCCGGGACGCCUACUAGCGAAGAACUACAACUACCAAAUAAUAUUUAUGCAGCUGAGCGGCAGCAUAAGAUC